AUGGCUUUCAGGCAGUCGGAGGACGAUGCACAAGAAGGUGCAACGCCGGUGACAAUGCAUCACGCCAACGUAGCCAAGAUCAUCCCUUCGCUGCCCCUGGAGAUCAGGUGGCCACCGUUCCGGCUCCGCCAUUACGCUGGCUUCUGGGUGCCAGAGGUAACAACAUUGAAGAUAGGCGUCCCGAACGUCCAUUCCAGGUUCCAGCCGAGACCCACCGACGUGUUCCUUGCAAGCUACCCCAAGUCUGGAACCACUUGGCUUAAGGCCCUAGCCUUCGCAACGCUGAAGCGUUCCACACAUCCGCCGUGCGACGACGACCAUCCGCUGCGCCAUUGCGGCCCUCAUGACUGCGUCAAGUUCCUCGAAAUUGGUAUGAACACAGGGAAUGAGUUUGAUGCGCUUCCUCCCCCCCGUGUGCUGGCUACGCACCUUCCCUACUCCCUGCUACCCAACAGCAUCACAGGAGGAGGAGGAGGGCGGGGUUGUGGCGCCAUCGUGGAGCUGUGUAGCCUGGCCAAGCUGAGGGACAUGGAGGUGAACAGAAAUGGAAGCACUAGGAUGGGGAUCAAGAACGAAAGCUUCUUCAGGAUGGGAGUUGCUGGGGACUGGAGCAAUCACAUGACGCCGGAGAUGGCGCAGAGGCUAGACAAGAUUGUCGAGGAUGCAUUGCAAGGGACUGGAUUCACCUUUGCGAGCACAGCAUGA